CUGGUGUUUAAUGUUUAACAUGAGGUUAGUUUUGCUACUGUUUUUAUUCAAAUUUUCAUCAUCCUCCAAUAUUUUGGGAGUUUUUGUGGUACCAUCAAAAAGUCACCAUAGAGCACUUUACCCAAUAUUUGAAAAAUUGGCAGAACAAGGCCACAAUAUUACUGUUAUUACAGCAUUUCCAAAAUUUAACAAAUCCCUAAAUAAUUUUCACGAGGUUGAUAUUUCUUUCACCAGAGAAAUUUACUUAAGUCUUAUGAAGAAGUAUUAUACGCGUCCCUAUGCUGAUACUUCAUCUAUUGAUAUCAUGUCGAUUGCAUUGCGGAUAUUUACUGAAAUAUUCGAAGAGGUUAUAGCUUUAAAGCAUGUAAGGGAUCUUAUCGACAAUAAAUUUGAUGUUUUGAUGGUUGAGACUGUUAUACCCUUAGCGUUCUUUGUAGGUAUUAAAAACAAAGCUCCUAUUAUAGGAAUAAGUUCCCUACCUGGGAUUUUAUACACACACGACUCUUUGGGUAACCCGUCACACCCAGUGCUCUCACCCAAUUUUAUAUUACAAAUGACAGAAGAUUCACCAACUUUUUACGAGAGGUUAACUAGUGUUAUGUUUAACACUGCUUUGCGGUUUUACUAUAAACUAUAUAUAACGCAUAGAAGUGACAUAAUUGCCAGGAAGUUUUUUGGAGAUGAUGUACCAUCUUUGAGUGACAUUGAAAAAAAUAUGAGUUUGGCCUUUGUUACAAGGAAUUGGGUAACCAAUGAAAUAAGUCCAAAUGUGCCCAAUAUAGUGGAUAUAAGUCUUAUUCAAAUUAAGCCCAAAAAAGCGUUACCAAAAGAUAUACAAGACUUUUUGGAUAAAUCAAAACGUGGUGUGGUUUAUUUUAGUAUGGGGACAAAUGAGCCCACUUACGAAAUGUGCAAACACAAAAUAGAAAUGAUAAAAGACGCCCUUUUAAGUUUGCCUUACGAUGUUCUAUGGAAAUCUGAUAUUAACAUCACCAUGAGCAAUAAUAUAAUGGUGAAAAAUUGGUUCCCCCAAAACGAUAUUUUAGCACAUCCAAAUUUGAGGGUUUUCAUUAGCCAAGGCGGUUCGCAUUCUUUAGAGGAAGCGGUACUAAAUGCAGUGCCUUUGGUGUUACUCCCGGUUUAUGCAGAUCAAGGUCAAAAUUCCAGACGCAUUUCCUCCAAAGGAAUGGCAGAAAAACUGGAUAUUUUCACAGUUACCAAAGAAGAAUUAGCUAAAACAAUCAUUAAAGUUGCUGAAACAAAAAGGUACAGGAUUAAUGCUCUGAAACUAAGCAAAAUAAUCAAGGAUCAACCGAUGAAAGGAGUUGAAAAAGCCGUUUGGUGGGUUGAGUAUGUAAUGAGGCACAAAGGGGCACGUCAUUUAAGAAGUGGUUUUGUUGAUAUGCCAUUUUAUCAAUAUUAUUUGUUGGAUGUUAUGGGUUUUAUUGGGUUAUUAGUUGUGGUUAUUAUAUUUGCAUUUUAUAAAACACUUUGCUGCUUUAAAAAUUUAUGUAGGCUCGAUGAAAAAUGUAAGCUACAAUGAUUUGUUUAUGUGUAUUUUGUAUGGUUAAUAAUAUUAAUACGUUUUUUAUAAUCAUAUUAAAGACUUUAAUUUUAUCGAGGCUGUUUUCAGUAAUAAUGAUUAAUUAUAGUAAAGGUUUUGUUGCAAAUUUGCUUAUCAUGUGGUUAAUUAGUUUUUGCAGAUGAUGGCCCCUUCC